AUGUUAUCCUUUAUUCUCGUAUUAGCCACCCUGUUCUUACCCGUGAUCCGAUCUAUCCCUCUAACUUUCCCUAUCUCCUCAUCGACAGAUGUGUUGGGCAAUGUUGAAGUCCAAAUUGGAAGUUCACGGAACGGAUUUGCCACUCGUGCUCAAGAUGAAGAUAAGAAAGGUAUCAGUGGUGGUGCUAUUGCUGGUAUAAUCUCAUCGAUCGUAAUCAUCUCCCUAAUCGUCUUAUUCAUCUUCAUUCGUUCUCGACGUCCCUCUUCUCUUCAAACACAUAGACCAGGACCGCAACCAGGACCAGGAAUACACCAUUCUCCACCAGGGUAUACAUCACCUGCUCAGAAACUCUUUUAUCCCUCUCAAGGGAAUUAUCCUUCAUUGCCCAAAUACACAGGUCCAGACCCCUCUGCGGGAUAUCUCCCUUCGCCUUCAAUCAGAUUCCCCAUCUCAGCUUCUAUACACCCCUCCAGGAGAAGUUAUCACACUGGAAAUGCCUCAUCGUCAAAGGGAGUCAGGUUUGGUGAAGUGGGUGUUAGAGGGUAUUAG